AUGGCGACGAAAGAAGAAGUAACUCCCGUCUAUGGAGUCUUGAACAGCUCUGUAUCCCUGAGCCUCGAAACGACAAGCCUGCUCCACAGCUCUGACAUCGUCUGGAAGAAGGGUGAUUCUCUGAUGGUUAAGGUUCAGAAUUUUAUACCAAGUUUUUAUGAAGAUUAUGGAACCAGAGUUAAAAUCUUUCCUGAUGGGACACUCAGUCUGGCCAAAACUUUGAAAACAGAUGAAGAAAGCAAGGAAGUCACUCCUGUGUACGUCGUCCUUGGCAGCUCAGUGUUCCUGCAUGCAGGAAACGAAAACACACAGAGCACCUCUGAUAUUAGAUGGAAGAAAGGAGACAUCCUGGUGGUUAGAGUUAAAAAUGAUGUAACAAAUUUUUAUGAAGAUUAUCGAUAUAGAUCUGAAAUCUUUACAAAUGGGACUCUCAGACUUGACAGCACUAGUGAAAGAGAUUCAGGACUUUACAUUGUGGAGCGGUUCAACAAACAUGGCAGGCUGCUCUGCACUGAGGCUCAUCACUUAAUCACAAUUAAAAACACAGAUUUUCAAAAAGUAUAUGGAGCCUUGGGAAAAUCUGUUUUUCUCCACGUGUCUACCAAGAACCUACUGAAUGGCAUUGACAUUCUGUGGAAAAAAAGAACAGUUCCUAUAGCUCGCAUAAAAGAGAGCACAGCUUUUUACUAUGGGGACUAUGAAAACAAAGCAAACGUAUUUCCAAACGGGACUUUGAGACUGGACAGGAUUGAUGAUGCUGACACAGGACCUUACAGCGGGGUGGUGUCUGAUGCUAAUGGAAGAAACAUACAUAGCGAAAUUGCUCAUCUAUUCAUGAUGAGUUAUACUGAAUGCACACCUGUAUAUGAAGCUAAGGGCAGCACAACAUUUCUCUUUCUGGAAAAUCACAACGAUAUCCAAACAAUCAGUUUUGAGAAGACAUGGAAAAAAGGGGGCUCCCUUGUAGCUGAGUUUAAGGGUUCUAUCCCUUAUUACUAUGGGCACUAUGGAACCAGGACUGGGGUCUUUAAAAAUGGGACCCUCAGACUGGACAGGACUCAAGAGUGGGAUACAGGAAACUACAGUGUGGACUUUUUUGACAAAGACAAAAAUAAUAUAGGCAGAUGGGCCAUUCAGUUGUUCAUCAUUGCAGCCCCUGGUAUUGAAACUGAUAGCAUAUACUCUGCAGCUGUGAUAUAUGGAAUUUUCCGGCACUUUGUAACAAGCAUUCUUGUUUUGAUCUUCAUUGUUGGAGCAUUGCGGUGCAUGAUUAAAAAGCUACAUCUCCACAUAGGCAAAGAGAAAGAAGUUCCUAUCCAGCCAAAACAAGAUACAGAAACUGAAGUGUUGAGUACUACAGAGAUCUGAUCACUUGUGGCACCACCCUGUAAUAUAAUGUGUAAUUACAUUUUCAAUUUCAAACC